AUGACAGAAAUGUUUUCGGAUAUAGAGGGUGCUAUUGUGUAUAUUGAUGAUAUUAUUGUCAUGGGUACUACUAAAGAAGAACAUGAUGAACGUCUUAAAAAAGUGUUUGAAAGANCUAAAGAAGAACAUGAUGAACGUCUUAAAAAAGUGUUUGGAAGAGCUAGGGAAAUGAAUUUAAAAUUUAAUAAAAAUAAAUGUAAAUUUGGAGUUACAGAAGUUAAAUUUUUGGGUCAUGUCUUUAAUAAUCAAGCAGAUGAAACUGCAAGUCUACGCUCUUUACUUAAAAAAGAUACAACUUGGCUUUGGGAUGAAAAUUAUGAAACUAUUUUUAAAAAGGUAAAGCGGUGUAUUACUACACCACCUGUUUUGGCUUAUUUCAAUCCGUCAUUACCAAUUAAACUGUCCGUUGAUGCUUCACAAUUUGCAGUAGGUGCAUUCCAAUCUUAUAAUUUGAAGGUAGAUUACGNGUUGAAAAUUCAAUCUUAUGAUUUGAAGGUAGAUUACAUUCCAGGAAAACAAUUAGUUUUAGCAGACACUUUGUCUAGAGCGCCAUUACAUGAUGUUGAUACAAAUGAUCUUGAAGAAGAACUAGUCUUACAUAAGAAACACAGNUUCACAGAAAAUCUAGCUAUAGAAGAAACACAACUUGAAAAAAUUAAGAAAGAAACUGCAAAUGAUUUAGUUUUAAAAAAGAUUAUCCAAGUAUAUUUAACAGGUUGGCCUACCAACAAAAACUUAGUUGAAGAUUGUCUUAAACCUUAUUGGUGUUAUAGGGAUGAAAUUAAUGUCAUUGAUAAUCUAGUUUUUAAAGGUCAUUGUCUUGUUAUUCCACAUAGUCUAAAGUCACAAAUGUUAAACUUAAUUCAUGAAGGUCAUAUGGGUAUUGAAAUAUGUAGAAAUCAAAUUAAAGAUGUUCUUUUUUGGCCAAAUAUAACUAAUGAUAUUAAAAAUAUUGUUGAAAGUUGUGAAAUUUGUAUGAAAUAUCAUAAAGGUAAUAAAAGAGAACCGAUGAUAAGUCACCCGAUACCUGAUUUACCAUGGCAAAAAUUAAGUGUAGAUUUUUUCUAUUAUAAAAAUAAAACAUACUUAUUGGUGGUUGACUAUUUUUCUAAAUAUGUAGAAGUAACUCUACUUGUUAAUGGAUCUUAUGCAAAAGUAGUAAUUAGCCAACUUAAAAUUAUUUUUGCUAUAUUUGGUAUACCAUUGGAAUUAAUAUCAGAUAACGGACCACCAUAUAACUCACAAGAGUUUAAAUGUUUUACUAGUGACUGGGGUAUUAAACACAUAACGACUAGUCCUAAUUAUCCACAGUCUAAUGGAUUAGCUGAAAGAAGCAUACAAACGGUAAAGAAAUUACUGAAAAAAGCAAUGGAUUCCGGAAAAGAUCCUCAUAUUGCUUUAUUACAAUACAGAAAUACUCCAAAAGGUAAAUUGUGUUCUCCAGCACAACUAUCAAAAUGGAAGCAGGAAACUAAGCCUCCUAUUAUUGGACAAUUGGUUUUGGUCAGAGAAAACACUAGCCCUCUUGAAUGGAAAUUAGAGCGAAUAGUUCAGCUCCAUCCGGGUCCAUAUGGGAUUGUUCGAGUAGUUACCAUCGUUACUUCAACUGGGAAAAAACUUAGACCUGCUGUCAAACUUUGCCCUUUACCCAUAGAUUAA